UAGACUGUGCGGUAAAAUAUUACAUUUUAUAUGUCGGAUUGGAUACAGCGCGCGCACACAGACACGCAGUGCACACAACACACGCAGUAGGUACCCGGUGGUAAUCGGCGGCAUAGGAAUUCGGUCGGGCGCGCGUUGAGUGCUUUUGUUUUGUUUGGUUUUUUUUUUGAUUUUUGAUUUUUUUUUUUUGGUAAAUUUUGAAUUUUUUCAUAUUUUAUUGUGUGCGCGUGAUUAUUGUUAUUAUUUAGUCGCUUAGAUACGGGCGACGAUUUCAACAACCGCAAGAAAACCGAAUUUCUCAAUAAAAAACGUGUGUAAAAUCAUAAUUUAUUAUUUUUGGUGUCUUUUUGUGUGAAAAACAUGUUUCGCGACGCCCGUUGUGCCGUCGAGUGUCGCUAUCGGAUUUCCGUCGGUUUUCCACGUACGGCGGCGCGGACAACGUUUACCACGGCGCACGGACAACAUCAAAGGAGGACGACCGUUUGAGUGGAGUGCUGUUUCGAAAUGCCUGUAACAGACGUAGCAAGGAGCACGACAACGAUAGCUCCACGUCUGCGGUUAUGAUGAACAAUAACAUACUUAUUGACUCCGCCAGACCUAAAGUGUUAGUCGGAGAAGAGUCUGAGCGACCGUCCGAAGACAAGUCCUGUGCGGGUCAAAAGUAUAAAUACAGUUUAGAUAAUAAAUGUGUGAGAUGUCGCAAAGUACGAUCGGAUUUUCCAACGUCCAGUUCAAAAUGUUGUUCCUGCAACAUCCAAGAAUAUGGUGGUCGCGGUGCACGUCACGAUUACGAACCAGCUGACGGCGAUAGCGGCGACCGAGGCUCGUUGUCUCCGAACGAUGGCCACAGCUCCGGACCCAUGUUGUGGGCCCGGAACUUGGACAGUUUGUUGGCCGACCCCGAAGGCGUGAAUCUGUUCCGGCAACACUUGAAGCUGGAAGAGGAAGCCGGACACGGUCAACAAUGCAGUAAGGUGCUGGAAUUUUGGUUGGCGUGCCAAGGGCUCUACGGUCACACCGAUCAGAAGGCCGAUAAGCUGCGGUCCAUAAUUUACAAAAAAUUGUUCCUAAAAGCAGAUUUAGGUGUCAACGAAGAGUGUAGGAUGCGCGUCGUGCAACGGGUAAAAAAUUCAAUGACCAACAAAACGGCUCUUCCCAAGCAUCUCUUUGACGAAGCUCUCGUACAAGUCGAGGCUUUUUUAAACGAUACGUUGUACCCGGCGUUCCUACAAUCAGAAACGUACAUCUCCUACAUUCGGUCGUUGGAUUGCGGAAUAAAUUUUUACGACGGCAAAGUGGUCAACCACAUACCGGACACCGAAGAGAAAGUAAUACCUUCGAGGUACCAAGCUCCGCCGCCCGAACACAAGCAACAACCCCUGAUGACCCUCAAGGAAGACGCCGAGCUGUCCAACCACGACCUCAAACAGUCGAAAGACUUCCCCAUGAAACUCACCCAGUCGCUUUUGCACAUGUCCCAGAAACAACGAUCGCAUCUCGCCAAAGGAGAAUUCCUGCAAAGAGCAAAGACGUCCAAAAUGGGCAUCUAUAACCCAAAUCCCAGCACCCCUUACCAUCAGUCCUGGUGGGGCACUAAGCCCCGAGCCACGCACGUGUCUUACAAUCCGACCUCGGCACAGGACAGCGAUUUGGCAAGUCUGAGCGAAGCGUCCGUGUCGACCGACUGUUUGAGAAGACAAUUGGCCGAACUGAGAGAUCCAAAAGUACUAGCCAAGAAGAGCGCUCAGUUGGAAAUGAAAGAAGUGCAAAAGUACGCACGGAGGAACGUCGAGAGUUCCAUGUCGGCGGCCAUCAUACCUCGUACGAUGAGAGAACCUCAGUGUAUCGCGCCGGCAAUGGAACCGAAAAAGUUUGCUUCGAUUCUGAGCGAGAAACUGGAGAAAAUCAAACAGGAACGCGAUAUCGAAGAAAAGUGGGAUAAUAAAUUGAUUAAGAAUCUUUCAGAGCUCAAGUUUGACAGCGAGUCGGGCAAAAUCGACGAUCCUAAAAUGCUUGACGAAAUGUUCAGGGCUUCUUUGAAACUACCCGAAGGCAGCGACGAUGAAAUAUUAGAUCAACACGUACAAAAGUAUUUCAAAUCGCCGCCAAAAUCGCCCGAACAGUCGUUACAAAGACGACAAGUGUUGGGCAAGGUCAACCGUCCCGUCCAACAAUUCGCCAGCAGCUACUUGGCGGCGGCCAACCCUAACAUAUCGUCGAAACGUAGAGACAAAGACAAUCGGAUAUCCGGUUACGAUAGCGGCAACUACACCGACUUCACGACGGACAGCUCUGAACCGGGACGUCACGUUCCCAAGAGCCGAUCCAUUCCGGACUACCAAAACGCCAACUGCAACGCUGAACUCAGAGCGUCGAGUCUCGGCCGGCACACUUGGGGUAGCCGUCGCACGAUGACCGACAGCGGGAUCAGCGUAGUGUCCGGUCAAUCGCAAUUGCCGCCGACCAACGUGAACAAAACGCGAGAAGACAGGUCUACCAACCGCUGCAUGAUAUGGCUGCAGGAGAGUCCGAUGUGUGCUGGCGACGCACUGGCCGAUCCCGGUCCGGCGUUCAGCUGGUGCACGGCGUCUGCUAACACUGCCGCAGCCGUCGCCGCCUCCGCAAAAUCCGCAUCUCACGAUUGCGGAAACGUCGAAUGCGGUAGUAACGGUUCGUGGACGAAUCACAUGCCGCGACAGCCGUUUGUCGCCGACCCCAACAUGCCUCCCCCGCCUUUCCCCAAUACGGACAACCAGUUGAUCGAAGCCGGUCGUAGGCUCAACGACCAGAUGGCGAAGAAGAGUCAUAAACAGAGGACGUCUUCUUCUUCAUCCGGCCGCGGCUUGCCCACGGACGAGUCGGCGCCGCCGUCCACCUCGAGUGUCGUCGCCGCUCCCACGUCGACCACCGUCGUGUACAACUUCAACGACGAAGAGUUUCCGUUCCGCAAGAAAAUCGCCGGCCAUCCGAUAACGUUGAAACAGUUUAUCGAAUGUAUGCCGAAGAAAGGACAUUACAGGUACUUUUUUACGACCGAAUUUGACGAAUCUCCCGGCACCGGCAUCCAAGAAGAGAUUACCGACGACGAUCAGAUGCUGCCGCUGUGGAAGGGUAAAGUCAUGGCUAGCCUGAGACUUAUCGACUGAUCAUUAUUAUUAUUAUUAUAAUUAUUAUUUAUUAUACUUUAUUAUUAUUAUUUUUUUUUAAAUUAAGAUUAACUAAGAACUGUAGCUUAAGAACGACGUAAAGACUUGUAUAGGAUAAUUAAAAACAUUAAAA